AUGAUUUACAAAUACCCACAGUUUCCCCAUGUUCAAGUGCUUGGGGUAUUGGCAACCAAUGUUAAAAACAUCGAUACUAUCAAGCAGGCGGUGAUUUCCCUUGACCAACGAUAUGAUUACUGUUUUAUCAAUGCGGCGAACGUGGUGAGCGUUGAACAAAUCAAUUGCGCAAUUUUUAAGACCUUAACCAAUUAUUAUUUCAAUGAGAAGAAGCCACUUAGAACCAACUCGGUCCAUGCAGAAACCAUCUUGAACCUUUCGCCAAAUGCCAACAUUACUGACUCAUUGAACCGGUUUGGGAUCUCGAAAGGAAGCGCCAAUUUGAUCAUCUUGAAAGUAUAUGGUCUUGGAGGACCACAGCAGCGACAGCAGGAGAAUGAACUGUUGUUGCCGGAUGAUGCAGCAAAAGAUUUACAAGGGGUUAUACAGCGUGAUUUGCAAAACAUAAAGGAUGUGGUGGAAGCAGAGGUUGCUGAAUUGGAUAACGACGAGCAGCUUGUAGGGAUCAGUGAUUUGAAAUUGAUCAAGAAGAAUUAUAAAUUGGGAGAUAUGAUGGUGGAGGACCGGGAAGUGUUAUCCAGGUUGCUAGUGUCGGUAUUGCAAUUAAGUGAUCUCUAG